AUGGCCACGCUCAACACCUCCAGCAACGGCCCCAACAUCACCCGGAGCUACCAGAACGUCGUCAAUGCUCCGGCGCCAUCUGGUCCCCAGGCCAGCUCGCCCACAUAUGGUCAAUGGGCUGUCUUCACGGUAGCUGCCCCGCUUGUCAGCGCAUUCCAGCAAGAUGGCGGUAAAGAGAGCGUCUUGAAGGUCCAGAGCACCGGAGAGGGAGAGCUACUCGACCUGAUAGAUGAGUUCUCUGAUGGCCGCAUCCAGUUUGCUUUCGUCAAAGUCAAGGACCCAAACUCAUCGCUGCCUAAGAACGUCCUCAUAGCUUGGUGCGGUGAAGGUGUCCCAGAGCGGACAAAGGGUUACUUCGGCAGCCACCUUACAGUUGUCUCGAAGCUUCUACAUGGAUACCACGUCCAAGUUACCGCCCGUUCCGAUGCAGACCUCACCCCCGAGAGGAUCAUUGAGAAGGUCGCAGAUGCAUCCGGCGCCAAGUACGGUGGUGCCCCCGACGUUCCUGCCUCACGCGGCCCACCUCCCGUUGCCGCGAAGAAGCCCGUUUUUACACCCACAUCGAUCGGAGGCGGAAACUCUGGAUUUAACCCAUUAGGCCGCUCGCGCGCGCCUGCGCCAAAGGGUGAUGAAGAUGCGGAUGGAUGGGGUGCUGAUGCCCCUCAGGUCUCCAGGUCUCAGCUGGAGAAGGUCGGAACCGCUUACACUCCCACCAAGGUCAACAUGGCCGAGCUUACCGCGAGAAAAGAUGAAUCCACCGGCUCUCAGCCCCCGGGCUCGCAGAACGACCGCCCUGAAGUUGUCAAGGGCGCCUAUCAGCCAGUUGGCAAAGUCGACAUUGCAGCAAUCCGAGCCCAGGCGCGCGAUGCCAAAGACGACCGACCCACUGUUGUCAAGGGUGCAUACGAGCCUGUCGGCAAGGUUGACAUCGCCGCCAUUCGUGCAAAGGCACAAGCUGCUCCUCCGUCCUCUGGUUUAUCCCCAGCCGCGACAGGAGCGUCGAACAACGAGGAGGAGGAAGAGAAGCCGAAAUCACUUGCAGAGAGGUCAGCAGCCUUCAAGGCUCAGCCUGAACGCCUUACCAGCCUGCCAAAGCCCAAGGUCGCAAACAAGUUUGCAGGUGCGAGCACGUUUACCGGCACCAAGGCUCCUACUCCUGGAGGAUUCGGUGCAAAGCCUGCCCCUCCAGCACCAAUUGUCGGCGCUGCGAGCAAGACAUUUGCCGACCAAGGAGGAAAGACACCCGCACAGAUCUGGGCCGAGAAGAAGGCGGCCCGUGGCGAAUCCAUCUCUUCGCCUACCGCUGAUGCUGCAAGCCGCCCGACUCCUCUCCAGAGCCAACAAAGUGGAGGCGGUGGCUGGCAAAGUGGUUACUCCGGCAAAUCAUGGGCUCCUGUACAGACUACCCGAACAGGACAGUCUGCCAGCAACCUCAGUGAGCAACGCACGGGCGACGCGCCUCAACAGGAGGAGCCUGCUUCGCCUGCAGCUGGUGGUGUAAGCUCGCUCAAGGAUCGCUUCUCAGGUGCCGCCCCCAUCAUGGGAGCACCAUCUUCGCGCCCUGUACCAGAGCCACAAGCCUCCAGCCCGCCACCUCUUGACACUUCUAGCAAGCCUAACGCAGGCCCAAGGGGUGUUCCGAUGCCGGGUCUGCCUACCCGACCUAAGGAGCCAGAAGCAGAGGAAGAGGACGUGCCUGCAACCCAACACCAGCGCCUGCCCUCUCCGCCGCCCCAGCCGCCUCGUAGCCCCUCCCCCGAGCCUGCUGGUUCUCCUGUUCGUAUUGCAAUGCCAGUUGCUCGCGGGCGGGAACCCGAGGAGAUGUCUCCUGCCGAGGAACACGCACCGCCUAUGCCUGCUCGUUCGCUUGAUCAAGCAGCCAAGCAGCAAGCGCGCGACAUGUCUCCCGAGCCCCAAGUGGAGGCUAAGGAUCCUGCCCGUGGCGCUGGCGCCGCUGUUGCAGCUGCCACUUUUGGUGCCGCCGCUGUAGGUGGUGCCGCCGUCGCCGCUGCUGUCGCUUCUGGUCAAGAUGACGAUGAGGGUGCGGGUGGCUCUGGCAAACGUGCAGUCAUCCAGUAUGACUAUGAGAAGGCCGAGGAUAACGAGGUCGAGCUUCGCGAAGGCGAGUACGUCACGGAUAUCGACAUGGUAGACGACGACUGGUGGAUGGGCACCAACUCGCAAGGCGAGCGUGGUCUGUUCCCGGCCAACUAUGUUGAGUUGGUGGAGGACGACGACAGUGCUGGUGCUGCACCAGCGCUGCCCACGCAUCCCUCGGCACCACAGGAGCCCGAGUCUGCCGCGGCACCACCACAGCCUGCUGGCGGUUCUGGCCCUACUGCCACGGCUCUCUACGACUAUGAAGCCGCUGAGGAUAACGAGCUAAGCUUCCCCGAAGGAGCCACAGUUACUGGACUUGAAUUCCCAGAUGAGGACUGGUGGCUCGGUAGCUACAACGGCCAAUCGGGUCUCUUCCCCGCCAACUACGUUGAGCUGAAUGAGUAA